AUGUCCUCUACUUGUGUUGCUGAAUCUUCUUCUUCUCCUUCUAUCACUUCUAUCACCCUUACGGCAUCCGUAUCUACUGAUGUCCCUAUUGCCAUAACUAUUCCCCCUGAAAUAUUCAUUAAAAUAUGUGAACAUUUGCCUCCUUCUGAUCUUUUAUCAUUGACUGGUGUUUGUAAAAGGUUUCGUGGAUUCUUAUGUUCUCCAGAAUCUUUAAUAACACAAGAUAUCUGGCGUACUUCAAGAGUCUGUUUCUUACCUGGCCUUCAAUUGCCUCCUCCUGAUGGAAUGUAUGAAGAAGAAUACAUUAGAUUUGCAAAUUUGUUGACUCGUUGUCAAUAUUGUACUUCUCAAAAAAUGGUCAAAGUUUAUUGGCAAUUCUUGGUUAGAUGUUGUCAAGAGUGUCUAUUAAAAAAUACAACCCCUAUCAUUUAUAACAAAGAUCAUAAUUGGAUGACUGAUAGCGUUCUCACUGGCUUAGUUUACGUUAGGCAUAACAAUCAAAUUCUUUUUUGGACGCCUGAUAUAAAAUCAUCAUAUAGAGAAUAUGAAGUCAUUAGCGGCAAUCACUACAUGAAAUGGAUUGCCGACCGAAAAUCAAAACAGAGUAAUAAAUUAUUAGGUGCUGCUACAGCUGAUACCACAACCAAUAUUGCAACUGUCAGCGCAUUAGGUGUUGAUGUUGAUCCAAGACAAUUUGCUCUCUCACAAAUCCGUAUCACUGGUACGAGGUCAAGUGUUUCUUCAGCGGUAUCAGCGUUACAACAUUUUAGUCAUAUCGAUACCCUUGACAUUAUGAUAAUGGAUUCCCCUUAA